GAAAAAAAAAUGGUUGGGGUUUGCCUUAGCAGCCAUCCAGCAUACAAACGAUUGCACAAGGUUCAGUCAUUUCGCUGCUCGCGCUUCGACAAGCGAAACGUUCCAGGUUCAAGCUGGGAUGCAAAGCCUUGCGUUGUUCUUGUUGUGGGUACUGGGAACAUUAGCGGUGUUGCCGGAUCCCACCCCGACGGCAGAAGAGCCCGUUCCGUGUUCCAAAGGAUGCACUUGUCUGUACGAUGACUACAGCCUGGAACUCAACAUGUACUGUAGCGGCCGCAACUUCACGCAGGUCCCGACGGACAUGCCGAGAGCAACGCACUCUCUCUGGCUCGACGGAAAUCUUUUCGCCACCUUACCGGCGGCCUCGUUCAAGGAUCUCGCCAAUCUGGACUUUUUGAAUUUGCAAAGCGGUCAGCUGGCGACCGUGGAUGCUCAGGCUUUCCGAGGACUCAGGUCGCUGGCUCACAUUCACCUGGAGCGCAACCGCCUGCGUACGUUGCCGGUUAGCGUUUUCCAGAACACGCCGAAUAUCGCCUCCAUCAGUCUGCACAACAACCAACUCGCUCGCAUUGAAGAGAGGCUCUUUUCUGGACUCUCGCACAUGUGGCUUCUCAACUUGGGUUGGAACGCAAUAGCGGUCUUGCCCGAGAACAUUUUCCAAGAGCUGCAGGGUCUGAGAGAACUAGUCCUCGCGGGAAACCGACUAGCCUACCUUCAGCCGCAGCUCUUCCAAAAUCUUGGCGAGCUUAAAGAAUUGGAUCUAACAGGAAAUUCCCUCAAAGUCAUCAAGGCGAACGUGUUUGUGAAACUCGUUAAACUGCGGAAGCUUUACCUGGCCCAGAAUCAGAUUGUGACGGUGGCGCCGAGAGCCUUUGUAGGCAUGAGAGCUCUCAGAUGGCUGGACCUCACCAACAACAAAAUGACCAGCCUCCAUGACGACACCUUCUUGGGCUUGCACAAUCUUCUCGUGCUGCGUCUUUCCAACAACUCCAUUGCCGGAAUUAGGCCGAGGACUUUCCGUGAUCUUCAGUUCUUGGAGGAACUGCGUCUCAGCUACAACAAAAUGCAUGCUUUGGGUGAGAGGAUUUUUGAAGGCCUUGGACAUCUGGAGGUUCUCGAGCUCGAGCACAACCGAGUUCAGGAAGCACAAGUGGGUAGCUUCACGGGACUCUCCCAUGUGGCCGUCAUCAACCUGUCGGGAAGUUGCUUCCAUAGUCUGCCCAAUCAUGUUUUCAAAGGUCUAUCAAAGCUUCACAGCCUUCAUCUGGACAAAGGUUGUCUCACAAAAAUUACAAAUCAAGCAUUCACGGGGCUGUCAAGUCUACGGAGACUUUUCCUUCAGCACAACAACAUCUCCGUCGUGGAACACCACAGCUUUGCAGACCUGGUGGGCUUACUGGGACUGGACUUGAGUUUCAAUAAGUUAGAAGUUUUCACCAGCCACACAUUUUCCGGCCUUCAGAAUCUGGAGUACUUGCUUCUGUCCAACAAUGAAUGCCGCCAGUUUCUGCACAACGGAACCAAGCAUCUCCUCCCAAGGCUGCGCUACCUUGACCUGAGAGCAAACGCUUUGACAAAUCUCAUCCCGGAUUUUUCAGAGAACAUGGAGAAGCUUCUGUUGUCUGGAAACCGCUGGAAAUGCGACUGUGGCGCCGUCUCGCUGAGGAACUACAGCUUGAGGAAUGCGCACGUGGUGCCUCGGCGAGUGGAGACGCACGCCGAGGGCGAAGAACCAGACAGCACCAUCACUAUAUACAACAACAUAACGUGCACUAACCCCACACGUCUAGCAGGUCAGGAUCUGCGAGAUACUGACGCCGAACACUUCCAAACGUGCAGAGCAGCCGUAAAUUGAUGCAAGCAGCAAGUGUGGUUUAAUACGGUGAACCAAAUCACUUUGAAAAACAAACCAAAAAAUAACCCAGAAGAAAUCCAUUUGUAUAAUCAUCUUGGUGACAAGCACGAGGACAUAAAAAUGGCUGUAAAAUGACAAAUAGUGUCACAUGCAAGUAAAAUUGUGUUUACCUUAAAAUAGUUUGCACUGUAAGUGCUGGAGUGUGCAAUAAACGCAUCAAAAACUGUA